CAGGUGUAGAUCUGGAAGAGACUGGAAAGGAGGGUGGAAAAAGCAGGGAGGUUAUGAGGCUUAAUAAAGAAGAUAUGCACUUAUUUGGCCAUUAUCCAGCUCAUGAUGAUUUCUAUCUUGUAGUGUGCAAUAUCUGCAAUCAGGUAGUCAAGCCACAGGUUUUCCAGUCACACUGCGAACGAAGACACAGUUCAAUGUGUAAACCUUCCCCAUCUCCAGCUUCUCCAGCCUGUAAUUCCAGGACAUCCCUAGUACAGAUGAAACCGAAAUCCUGUAUCAGCGGCCAUAACCCUGUCAGCAGCAACUCAAAGCCAUUCAAAACGCCCAAAGACAAUCUACUUACCUCCAGUAGCAAACAGCACACAGUCUUUCCUUCAAAAGUAUCACGGGAUAAACCAUGCGUUCCUGUUCCAGUAGUCAGUCUAGAGAAAAUUCCUAACCUAGUGAAGGCAGAUGGUGCCAAUGUUAAAAUGAAUUCUGCAACCACUACCACCAUCACUUCCUCCUCAGCUUCUUCAUCCACCAUACCUGCUCCAACUUUGGUUAAAUCUGGUUUGACAUCCAAGUCAGUGCCACCAUCACCAGAAAAGAUUCUGAACGGCAAAGGAAUUGUAGCUCCAUCAAUAGACAAGAAACACCAAAAUGGCACUAAAAGCAGUAACAAGCCUUACAAAAGACUUUCAGAAAGAGAAUUUGACCCAAAUAAGCACUGUGGAGUACUGGAUCCUGAAACAAAGAAACCUUGCACAAGAUCACUCACCUGCAAGACUCAUUCACUUAAUCAUCGACGAGCAGUUCCAGGCCGUAAAAAACAGUUUGACAUCCUUCUAGCUGAACACAAAGCUCGAUCCAGGGAAAAAGAAGUUGCAAAAGACAAAGAGCAUCCACCAUCUGCAAGGGAAAGCUAUCAGAGCCAGCCCACACCAGCACAAGAUUCUCUGUCAGGAUCCUCAGUGAACUCUGGGCAAGAAUCUAAAGUAACAUCUCCUGCAAAAUCUAGACCACCAAAUUCUGUACUUCCAAGACCUUCAUCUGCAAAUAGCAUAAACAGCAACAGUUCUUCAAACCACAGUGGGUACGUACCAGAACUGCCACUGCCUUCCAUGGGAGGAGAUGUCACAAGCAGAUUGUCCAGUGAUGAAGGAGAAGCGGAUGGAGCCGAAGAAUCUGAGAAAUUAGACUGUCAUUUUUCUGGACACCAUCCCAGACCUCUUGGGUUCUGUUCAUAUGGCAGUCGCUUAAUGGGAAGAGGGUACUAUGUCUUUGACAGAAGAUGGGACCAUUUUCGAUUCGCACUGAACUCCAUGGUAGAAAAACACUUGAACUCACAGAUGUGGAAGAAAAUUCCUCCUGCGGCAGACAGUCCCAUGCCUUCUCCAGCAGCACAUGUCUCCACUCCUUUUCCAGCAUCAGUCUUACAGCCCUUCAGCAACCCCAGUGCAGUGUAUAUUCCUUCAACACCUAUCAGUUCAAGAAUCACUUCUUCUUACAUAAUGACAUCAGCCAUGUUAUCAAGUGCAGCCUUUGUGACAACAGCAGAGACAAAUUCCAUUAUGUCACACACCACGGCUUUUCCUCACGUGGCUGCAAGCCUAAGUAUCAUGGACUCAACUUUUAAGGCGCCAUCAGCUGUGUCACCAGUGCCAGCAGUCAUCCCUUCCCCAUCCCACAAGCCAUCCAAAACAAAAACCAGCAAAUCCUCAAAAGUGAAAGACCUGUCAUCUCGGAGUGACGAGUCUUCAAGUAACAAAAAGAAAAAGCCGCAGUCGUCGUCUUCAUCGUCGUCAUCAUCCUCAUUAUCUUUGCAGACAUCUUCCUCAUCUUCAUUUUCAGGGUCCCACAAAAAGAACUGUGUCCUGAACCCCAGUUCAACGUUGAACUCCUAUCAGGCGACAUCCUCCUAUAACAGCGUGUCUGUGCACAAUACCAAUAAUGGAACAAGCCCACUCAGUGCCAAAUCGGAGCCCUCAGGACGGACUUCAUUGUCAAGUAGUUCAACAGACUCAGUGAAACACAUGAGCAUGGUAGUGAGCAGUAUUGACUCUUCUAAUCUGUCGGUAUCUUCUCUCGUGCACCACUCAGGGGACCACUCCCUGGGAGCACAUAAUGCAGUGUCUUCUCUACCCCUUUCUUUUGACAAAUCAGAAGGAAAAAAACGUAAAAACUCUAGUUCUAGUAGCAAAGCCUGUAAAAUCACUAAAAUGCCUGGUAUGAAUAGUGUUCAUAGAAAGAGCACUGCCAACCUUAUUUCUGCGGUGCCAGAUCCUACAAGCAGCUCCAUCUCUCGGCAGAUUGGAAAAAAUAGCAGUGUAGCUUUGUCACAGUCCAGUCCUUCGAGUACAUCAAACCCAGUACACAACAGACAAUGCUUUUAGGUGCCUGAAAGUGUUAACACUUCAAGACCUCAGUAUGCGGUGGUUUUUAAAUACUGAAUAACUAGAUCAUUUUAUUAAGGGAAGGUGACAACGUGUAUGCUGUGUGAGGAUUCCUUGUGCAUGAAACAUGCUGUGUAGAGGAAAAGAUUCUUCAGAGUUGUCGUCUAAUUGCUGCUCUUUAUUUGUAACGAUAACCAAGUUAAUGAACAUGAGAUUCACCAAAGCUUACUAAAAUCAGACCGUCCCAAAAGGAAAUAUGCCAUUUAUUCAAAGCAGUUCCUUUUCUUAAAGGUCUAAUGUAGUCAGUAAACAGGGAGGAAAUUUAGUUCAGGGACUUGAGAUAAAUUCCUGCUUUGAGUCAGCCACAGACAUUAUUGAAGUGUUUUAUAGCAAAAGACAUUGUGUGAUUUUGAACCUGGCUCUGGUUUCUCUUUUAGAAGACAUCAAACCGGACUGGUAGAAUAAGGACUCUUCCAUAACAAGGAAAAGGAACCAGCCUAUAAUCUCUAGCUCUCAGCAGCCCUACUCCACAGGGUUUUUCUUUUCUAUGUCCUGCAGAUGGAUUUAAUCUUUUAUGAAUUUGUGGUUUUAAAGAGAAUUAAAUUUACAGAAAACUGUAAUAGUGAUUUGUUUAGUUUUUCCACUUGUAUUUGCCACUGAUCUGUGCGUUCUGCUUGGUUAUGUUUCAUGCCUUUUAAAGCUGUUAGCGUUGCAAUGCUCCCUUUGUUUCCUAACCAGAACACAAUGGACAUUCCAAAAAAAAAAAAAAAUCCAGUUCAUGAUUUGAAUUUAUUUAAAGGAUCUCCAAAUUUUUUCAUUAAAUAAAAAUUACAGUAAUUCUGUAUUUAAGCUUGUCCUAUGGAUAAAAAUUGAGUGCAUUUCUUAGUAAUUUGCAAACAGCUGGGGCACUGCAACUUUAGGGACUAAUCCUGAUUGGUGCUCUGUACCUACAGCAUUUAAUAAUUUAAGUGGGAAUUCUGAGUGUUCAGCCUCUUCCAGGAUCAGGCUCUUAAGGAAUCUAUCUUCAAUCAAUGCAUAGCAGAAUUUUGCACCAAACUGUAAUUACUGUUUAUCAGGGGGGCCCAAUGUGUAAAAUCCCCAUAUCUUGGGGGAUUUUCAAACCCUUAAGAACACAGCACUUGAUAACUUCAGUGAGCAGUUUGGGUUUGUGAGGACAGGAGUUGAGCAGAUUGGCUUGCAUUAAUAGAAUUGCACUGACAGUGUUUCUUAUAGGAUUACUGAAUAAUUUUUUAAUAAAAUAUAGAUUUUAUAAUCAGGAAGCCAAUACUAGGUACUGGAACAAUAGUACAGAGGAGUUAAUUUUUAUUUCUACAGUGUUAAAAGUGCACUUAUAUGCUGGUUUAUUUACAUCUUGGGGAAAGGCGAGAGACUGCAAAUAGGGAGAUUAUUACUACUUUCUUUUUUAAAAAAAGAAGGGUUAAGGCAAAUUUUAAGACUAAAAAUGUUUAAGCAAUU